GAUAUGUCUCUCUUACUCUGUUUUUCUUCUUUCUCUCAAUAAACCAACAUGGUAUCAGAGCCGAUGGUUGUCCUUGGUUGUCUCUACAAAAAUAAGAUGUGUUCUGCUGCGAAAAGAAAAAGAGAGAUGGAGACAACAAAUCUAUGGUGAGAUGAAGAGGAAGAAGAAGAGGGAAGAAGAAGAAAUAAGAGGUGGUAACUACAGAGAGUACCAUCAGUUUUCACAAACACAUUCACAUGAAGUACCUUCAAGAGGAAGGCUCCAAAAGCGAUGAAGAAGAUAGGAAAUCUUCUCUAGAGGCAAUGGAGAAAACGAAUGUGGAUUUGGAGUUGUGGAAGGAGAGUUUUGAAAAUUUGUUCAACAACGUCUUGAUGACUACAACACGAAAACGUGGAGAAAAGUUUGCUUCAAAAGGAAGAAACAAACGGGGCGACAAAAGUCAAAAGAAGGCCAAGAAAUGGUGUGACAUUUGUACGUGUGACGAUCACAUUGAGGGAGCAGAGUUCAGUUCGGUUGCAAAGGUAGCCGACGAAGACGUGAAGAGAUUUUCACGCACAAGACGUCGAAAAGACGUGGUGGUGAUCAAAAGAGGACACCAUAAGAGGAUGCUUACCUCGGAGAAAAAUGGAGCACAAGAGGAUGCUUACCUCGGAGAAAAAUGGAGCAUAAGUCGGUUGAAGAGUAAACCAAAGACGACGUGA